ACGUUAUUGAAUUUCUCGCCGAUGCAGAGCUACAACAUGGAGCGCAGCCUUGAGCAGCUGCAAGAAGACAUGCUGACUGCAGCACGAAUGGUGGACAACUGGGCCGACAGCCAGCUGAAAGAGAUGCGCCAUGCUCAGCUGCGCCACACGAAAACCAUGGAAGACGACAAAGAGAACGCGGCAAAGCUGCAAGCGUCGCUCAAGCAGCUCGGCGAACACAGCGAGGCAGGGCAAAUUUUGGCAUCACAGCAAGCUGCGGAAAUCGCACUCAGCCGCUCCGCAGUGAGUCAACUACAGCAGCAAAAGGAGCUCGCUAUGGACACUCAGAAUGACAUUCGCCAGCAAAUCGCUGCUCGAGAGCAAGCGCUUGUUCGCGAGACUGAAAUGCUCUCUGAGCGAGAACGCGACGCCGCAACGAGCAUGAAAGAGUUGACACGGGGUGUUCAGUUCUUUUCUGAGCGUCUUGGCUUGAAGAUCCAGCGCACUGGAAAGCACCACCUCCAGUUCAUCUUCCGCUAUAUUGAUCCUUAUAACGUCAACCGCGAGUUUUCCUUUUCAGUGCGUAUUGAUGAGAAGAACAUGUAUCACGUGGACGUGUGCGAACCGAUGGUUGAGGAUCUUGCUGGCAUGGUUGCCCAAUUGAACGACGACAACCAGCUUUCUGUUUUCAUCAAGAACAUUCGCAAAAAGUUCAAGGCCAUGGUCUAACAUGCAAGCAAGCAAGCAAACGUUAGCGUUGAUGAAUUGUCCACAUGCAAAGAGAGAUUGGUUCGUUGAAGAAAGUUGAUUGGUUGGUCCUUGUGAAGUGUGCCGUUAUGUUGCUAUGAUAGUCGUUAAAUUUCAUUUCCCC